AUGUUGCUGUUCCUGGUGCUGCUGUUCAUGAUGUUGCUGUUCCUGGUGCUGCUGUUCCAGGUGCUGGUGUUCAUGGCGCUGAUGUUCUUGGUGCUGGUGUUCCUGGUGCUGGUGUUCCUGGUGCCGCUGUUCCUGGUGCUGGUGUUCCUGGUGCUGGUGUUCCUGGUGCCGGUGUUCCUGGUGCCGCUGUUCCUGGUGUUCCUGGUGCUGCUGUUCUUGGCGCUGCUGUUCCUGGUGCUACUGUUCCUGGUGCUGCUGUCCCUGGUGCCACUGUUCCUGGUGCUGGUGUACCUGGUGCUGUUCCUGGUGGUACUGUUCCUGAUGCCGCUGUUCCUGGUGCUGCUGUCCCUGGUACUGCUGCUCCUGGUGCCACUGUUCCUGGUGCUGGUGUACCUGGUGCUGUUCCUGGUGGUACUGUUCCUGAUGCUGCUGUUCCUGGUGCUGCUGUUCCUGGUACUACUGUUCCUGGUCCCUGGUACUGCUGUCCCUGAUGCCGCUGUCCCUGGUGCUGCUGUUCCUGGCGCUUCUGUUUCUGGUGCUGCUGUCCCUGGUGCUGCUGUUCCUGGUGCUGCUGUUCCUGGUGCUGCUGUCCCUGGUGCUGCUGUUUCUGGCGCUGCUGUUUCUGGUGCUGCUGUCCCUGGUGCUGCUGUUUCUGGCGCUGCUGUUCCUGGUGGUGCUGUCCGUGAUGUUGCUGUUCCUGAUGCUGUUGUUAUUGAUGCUACUGUUCCUGAUGUUGCUGUCCCUGAUGUUGCUGUUCCUGGUGAUGCUGUUCCCUAUGUAGCUGUUCCUGAUGUUGCUGUUCCUGGUAUUGGUGUUCCUGGCGCUGCUGUUCCAGGCGCUAUUGUUCCUGACGCUGCUGUUUCUGGUGCCACUGUUCCUGGUGGUGGUGUCUUGAUGCUACUGCUCCUGGUGCUACUGUUCUUGAUGCUACUGUUCCUGGUGCUACUGUUCCUGGAGUAG